AUGUCCAUAAAGUCCCUGAAUUUGUCCUUCAAUGAUUUUGUGGGCGAGUUACCAACACAAGGCAUUUUUGGAAAUGCUAGUGCUAUAUCAGUUGUUGGGAACAAAAGACUCUGUGGAGGCAUUCCUGAACUACAGCUACCAAAGUGUCAGCCCCUAAGAGAGUCAAAGAAAAAUAAGAAGCUUUUCAGGUUCAUCAUGGCGGUGGUACUUACAAGUUCCUUCCUGGUGAUACUGGUAAUCUCAAUCUCAAUUUUCCGACUGCGGUCAUUUAAAAGGAGGAGGACCCAACCAAAGUCACCAAACUUCUCAGGUAGACUUUUCCUGAGAGUCAGCUACAGACAACUUGUUCAAGCUACUAAUGGUUUCUCUGCAGAAAAUCUAAUUGGUGCUGGUGGCUCUGGCUCCGUAUACAAAGGAGUGCUGACUGAAGGAGGAAACUUGUCCGUGGCUAUCAAAGUCUUUAACCUUCAACACCAUGGAGCCUUCAAGAGUUUUAUUGCUGAGUGUGAUGCAAUGAGAAACAUCCGGCAUCGGAACCUCGUGAAGAUUAUAAGUUCUUCCUCAGGUAUGGAUUUCCAAGGGAAUGAUUUUAAAGCUUUAAUCUACGAGUUCAUGCCCAACGGCAGUCUAGAAACUUGGUUGCAUCGAACAGAUGAACAUCAGCAGCACAUUUUUCCUAUACCAAACCUUCUUCAGCGAAUUAAUGUUGCUAUUCAUGUGGCUUGUGCCGUUGAUUAUCUACAUCACCAUUGCCACAAGCAGAUUGUUCAUUGCGAUCUAAAACCAAGUAAUGUUCUACUGGACAGCGAUCUGACAGCCCAUGUUGGAGAUCUUGGGCUGGCAAAAUAUGUUCAUUCAGCUCCAAAUUUACAGGAAACGAGCUCUGCUGGAAUCAGAGGAACUAUUGGAUAUGUAGCUCCAGAGUAUGGCUUAGGUGCCGAGGUAUCAAGUAAUGGAGAUGUCUACAGCUUCGGAAUCCUAUUGCUGGAGAUGAUGACAGGGAAGAAGCCCACACAUCCUUUGUUCACUGGAGGCCUUGAUCUUCAUACAUAUGUUGAAAUGGCAAUUCCUGAUCGCGUGAUGGACAUUGUGGAUCCAGUGCUUCUGUGUGAAGAUCACAGAAGAACUACAGCAGCCAAUAGCAGAAGCAGUCCACUAGGAGAAACAAAAUGCAAUUUACUAGAGCAGUGUUUGAUUUCAUUGCUUAAAGUUGGCUUGGCUUGCUCCAUGCACUUGCCAGAAGAUAGAAUAAAUAUGACGCAAGUUGUUUGCAGAUUAAAAUCUAUCAAGGACACAUUUACCAUGGCAGAGCUUUAA